AUGACUGGCUCACUUUUAUAUUUAACUGCAUCUAGACCUGACAUUCAUUUUAGUGUGUGUUUGGGUGCUCGGUUUCAAUCAUGUCCUAAGGAAUCACAUCUAAUUGCUGUUAAAAGGAUUUUCAAGUGCCUCAUUGGCACACACUCAAUUGGUUUAUGGUAUCCUAAAUGUGACACAUUUGAUCUAGUUGGAUAUAGUGAUUCUGACUUUGCUGGAAGUAGAUUGGAUAGAAAGAGUACUUCGGGUACUUGCCAAUUCCUAGGUCAUGCCUUAGUGUCUUGGCGUAGUAAGAAACAAACUUCUGUAACUUUUUCUACUGCUGAAGUAGAAUACAUUGCUGCAGGAAGUUGUGUUGCUCAAAUUCUAUGGAUGAAGCAACAAUUAGAAGAUUUUGCUAUAAAGGUUGAUCAUGUUCGUAUAAGGUGUGAUAAUACUAGUGCCAUCAACCUAACUAAAAUCCAGUCCAACACUCUAGAUCAAAGCACAUAG